AUGCAUAAAUUCAGGCAUCAGGCCAAAGUGUCGGCUUGGUAUAAUUAUCCUAAUGAUGAGACCAACCUGCCCAUCAGGAACCCUUUUUCCAAAUGGAGGCCCAAUACUAGGUCGAAUACUCUACGAAGGACAGAGAACGUGGAGGACGGUUCACAAAAUGGCGAGUCCUUUUUGACAGAACCCAGGCUUUUUACUAGUCCAGAAAGUUCUGAAACUUCCGCCUCCCAAGAGGUUGGGUCCAAGGACGUAGAGCCAAAGACUCGUCGUUGGAAGAGUACCGGUGAGAUCCCCACUCGUAAAAGAUAUCAUUCCAAGGGAGAUCAGAAACAUGGUCUCCAAUCGUGGGUCACAAGGCGAAAGGGUGAACAGGAAAACAAUUACGACGAGGACAAGAAGUGUCCAAAAUUGACCGCCUGGUCGCAGAUCCGUGCCACAGUGUUCAAUUCUUGGAUCAAUGUGCUGUUUUCGUUGGUACCGGUUGGCUUUGCUCUCAAUUAUGCCAAUGUGAAUGCGGCUGCGGUAUUCGCUAUCAACUUUGUUGCAAUCAUCCCAUCCACAGUUAUGGUAUCUUACGCUGUGGAGGAACUCAGUCUCCGAUUAGGGGAAUUGCAAGGAGCAUUGCUCAGCAUAACAUUUAGCAACGCUACGCAGUUGAUCUCAUCCAUCCUCCUCUUGAAGCACAAACAAAUCACAAUUCUCAAGACCUCGCUCCUGGGAAGCAUCAUCUCAAAUUUGCUUCUCAUGACCGGGUUGUGCUUUUUCUGUGGUGGCAUCGGCCGUAUUGAGCAGGCCUUCAACAUCACCGUCGCACAGACAGUCAGCAUGAUGCUCCUGUUAGCCAUUGUCAGUCUCGUGGUCCCUACGGCAUCACGCCUCAUGGUCUCUGGUGUGACAGACCACGACAUCGUUAUUCAGUCUCGUGGAACUUCGGUAAUAAUACUAAUCUCCUACGCCCUAUAUCUCUUUUUCCAGUUGAGAACAAAUAGGCGCAUGUUCGACGAGCCUUGUCCGAAAAAUCCUAGAACCGCAAUGAAAAUCAUCCCAGAAAAGUUUCGCGGCAAAAAGGCUGCUGAACAAGAAUCGGAGGACACUGAGGAAGACUUGGAAGAACCCUCAGUGUCUUUCGCCGUCGCCAUAGUAACCUUGACCAUUUCGACUGUUUUGGUCGCCUUCAAUGCCGAGUUCGCGACAGGUAGUGUUCAGACGAUGGUGCACCAGGCUGGGAUUUCACAGACUUUUGUUGGAUUUGUCAUCUUCCCCAUCCUUUCGAACGACCCCGAGUCAAUAUUCCUUGCUGUUAAGGACAAACUCUAUCUCAGUAUAUCACUCACCCUCGACAAAUGCAUGCAGGUUGCGCUACUGAUCAUACCACUAUUGGUCAUGAUAGCUUGGGCAAUGUCGAAUGAAGAAAUGACGCUAAACUUUGACGGAUUUCCCGUGGCGAUUUCCUUCGCUUCUAUUAUUGUCGUGGCUUACGUUGUUCAAGAAGGGAAAUCGAACUGGCUCAUGGGUGCUCUAUUGAUCAAGAUCUAUGUCAUUGUUGCGUUGGCGACAUUCUUCAUCCAUUAA